CGGCACAGGUACCCGAGAUCCGGUUCCGGCCCCCACAUCCGGUCUCGCGCACCCUAGGGGGGGAGGGGCGAGGAGCCGCCUCAGUGCGGCCCAGCGAGGGCAGAGGAGCGGCGGAGCGGGGCAGCGACAUCACCAACAAGCACCAACAACAUCGCCAGCACCAACAAGGAGCGUGCUGCCAGAUACAUGAAUGGCCAUGAAUUCCAAGGCGGUGAUCAGCAAGGAGGUGUUUGGGCCAAAUGACGAGCGCAUGCUGGCUGCUAUGCAGGUGAAGCGACGUGGCAAGAAGCGCAUUCCCUUCCUGGCAACAGGCGGCCCAGGGGAAUACGUCACCUACAUCUGUGUGUCAGUAACGAACCGGAAACCGACACAAGGGUUCGUCACGAAGGUGAAGCAGUUUGAUGGGACGGCUGGCUUCGUGAAGCGCACCACUUGGGGGCUCGAGCAGCUGCGGCAAGUCAACGGCAUCGGCGCUGAGCAGGACUGUCCAGAGCUGGACCUGCUGUUCGAUAGUGCCCAGGACCAGUGGGUGGCCAGCUCGACGUCCGAGAAGAAUACGUUUUUGCAGGUGCUGCACAACACGUGCCAGCGGUACCGUACCAACGGCAUGCCCACCUUCGCCAACGUGCCCGCCCGCCUCCUCUCAGGGGUGAGUAUCCUGGGCUCUGCAGCGGACAGCAUGAGCAGUGCCGUGGCUUAUGCGAGCCAGGCCCUAAGCGAGCGUGGGGAGCGGCUUGGAGAGGCCGAGGACCGCACGGCCGAGAUGGCGCAAAGCGCCCAGCAGUUCGCCGACACCGCCCACAAGCUCGCGGAGAAGUACAAAUGCUAAGAAGUGCCUGGAACCCACCCAGCUGUAAUGCACACGCACACAUGCAUGCAUACGGCCAUUUACACGCAUGCAUGUGCAUGCGGUCGAUGCUUUCGAGCAUGCACAGAAAACCUCCCCCACAGUCUCUCCAGGCCGCUGUCCAAAUGAUAUGUGACCUGUUUGCGAAUUUUUUAUUUUGUAAUUUAACCUCCGAGGUAGCACAUCGACAUAUAAUACGUUUACAAGUAAAGCACAUGUGAUUAUCCAGCAACUCUGCGCCUCGUUCUUGCGGUGCAGACCCUAGGCAUAUGACUGACUGUAUUAAAUAUAUUUUUGGAAGUCGGGUCACAGUAAGGAGGGCAUUGCGUGGACACAGGCACAUCUUCAUUAGCGUGGAGCUGCAGCAGAGUAGGGAAUUCUCCAGUGGCUGCCGCUGAGAUGGUGCCAGCCCAAGGCGAGAUCAGGGCCAUGAGGUUGCACGCCAAGGUUGAGAACGCGCACGGUUCCGUACAAUAAAAUAAAUACACAAACCGCAGCGACAUCCUUUGGAUAAACAACAAACCUGCUCUUUCCGCCCUGCGUCUAGUCAGACUGAUAAUUAAAGGCCAUGGAAAACUGUGUUCUCAGGGGCCAUCACGUGACUUUAUGUAGUGGGUGUAGAUGCCUACUCCUGUGAGUGGGUGCUGUCAGCAAUAACUUGUUACCACUGUUGUGGGGUAACAUCAGCAGUGGGCUCGCUGCCUCAUGGACCUUCAUUCCUCGUGCGUUUACAUGGCACUCGCGGCGCCCGGUGUGCCUGCCUCCAUUUCAUCCUGGAACACCGGCACACCAGCUUUAUGUUCACCGCUGAUUGCCCAAACCAAACACUUAAAAUUAAUGACGUAAUCUUUUGAAGCCCUAAAUAUGCAUUCAGACUUUAUGCACUGACACAAUCACCAAUUUCCAAAACAGCGUUGCUUCUAAAUUUUGAUUUGAAGCUUUCGUGACUGCAGUAAUUCAUAUUCUUAGUUCUUUCGGUAAAGUCACGUUGAAGGGAAACAACAAAAUAAUAAAAUAUAUAUAAAACAAUAAAAAUUCUCACGACGUUUCGACCAUAACACCGUUUGUGUUAUGUUCGAAACGUCGUGUGAGAAUUUUUUUAGUUUUAUAUAUAUUUUAUUAUUUUGUUGUUUCCCUUCAGCGUUGCUUCUGUCGAACUGGGUUGUCUUGUGGCGUGGGAGAGCCACGGCUGCCGCGGGAGUUCAGAGCGGUCCGAGUGUUCGUGUACAGUGAAUUUGCACGUGCCAGAUCGCCGCAACGGAAUACUGAAAUGACUUGCAGAACAGGAACCUUGCUCAUAUUAGCAACUGAAAGCAUUUCAUCCGACCGAAGUAUUGCGUCGCUUUGUAAAAUACUCGUGUAGCUCAGGUAAUUCAGCAGUGUCUUACCCUCAGCUUUAUGAAACGGUUGUCAUCUCCGCACGCCCCUUCCCCAGACCAGCGUUGUUUACAGCAGGACGCGCGGGGGGCACUGCGGUCAGCGGCUCCGCAGAGCUCGCGCGCGUUACGCGAACCGCUCAUCCGCUGUUGAGUCGGUACACGCGACAUGAACGCGUGACUUUACACGUGCAUUUCAAAGUAAACACCGUUUCGGAUCCUGUGAUUUUGGUCACAAAUCCUUUAUACAAAUGACACUGUCAGCCCACCAAAGCAAUAAUGAAUGAAAUAAGUUACAUUGUGUUUAGAAGCUCAGCGCUGGAAACGUAUAUCUGGUUUAUGAUCCAACAUGUACUGUACAACGCUUUGCUACCGUGUAGUAUUGUGUAGAUAUGUGCCAUUGACGAACGUCAUCUCCGUUCACCAUUACUUCGUUUUGAUUCGCUAAUGCCACGGUGCAUACCAAGAGAACAGACGCUAAGGUACAUGCGUAGCGAGGUCGCAAGCCCGAUAAUCUCAUUGUAAGAUAUUGCUGUGCUUCUGCCCGUCGACAGGAGCGCAUGGUCAUCUGAGCCCCGUCGGCUCAAGAUUUGCCAUUACAGCCACAUCUUACAAUGAUGUAAAUUAGCUGUGAUGUUUGAGGGAAGCUGUAAUGGGCAAAUCUUGAGACGAAAAGGCUCAGGCGACCAUCCAGGGAAAGUGUGCGAGGUAACUUUGCCCUGCAUGGUUGCUCGUGGUCGAUGUUCAAGGAGAGGGCGAUUCAGAGCUUGGGCUGCCACCGUGCGCCCCCUCCAGCGCGUCCCCUCGGCAGCGGGGCCUUUGAUGAAGGCCUUUUAACGUUUUCCUUAUUUGCCCGCUACUUGUGUUUUUAUGCAAUUGUAUUUUUAACACUAAUUUAAUUUUGUCUAAGAGGAUACAAUUAUAGCUAGAGAUGUCCACAUUACGGAAUUUGAUUUCGCAAAUGAAUUCUACUGGAUGUCCGCAAACACCGCAGGUCUAGUGAUCUCAGUGCAAGUGCUUUCUGUGCCUUUUGGGGAUUGUCCUCUGAUCGAGAAGCGGCUGUCGGUAAACCAAACGACCACCCGAGUUUGUGACGUGGUUUUUUGCUUCACACAAGACUAAUGUUUGAAUAAUUUCCAACCUAAUAAUUUUUUUGUAAAAAUGUUGCAAACCUUUAUUAUUAAUGCUGUACGAGCCAAUGUCGUGUGCCAAAUAAAAUAACGUGUUGGGACGCCA